AUGGCUGAGAGCGGUCCAGAAAGUGGCGCCCCAUCACCCAAAAAAUGCGAAGAAUUCCAACACACUGGUUGCCUGAGUGGAAAAACUCUGGAUUUUGCAACAAGAAAUCGUAAGUGCAAGCUCUGUGACAUUGGUGUGAACAAGGACGAUCACGAUUGUCGUAAAAAUUUUGAGGGCAGUGCUAAGGCAAUGGAGGCUGAUGUUGGGGCUCAGUUAGUAAAUGAAAGUGAAAUUUUGAAAGAAGUUGGACUUCAACCUAGGAUGAUUAUAGGGGAUGAAGACAGCUCAACGAUUCCCAGUGUACGUCGUGAGACAAAAAAGCAUCCCACAUCUAAAAAAGUGUUUGUCUACGCUGUGCAAGCAAAUAAAAGUAAACCAGCUGAACUGGCAGCUACACUUCUUGUCAUCCCUAAUCAUGUCUUCGGUCGCCACGAGAAUUGUGGACUGUGGUGCUCGCAUGUUAAUCCUCAGAAGGAGGAAAAAUCAACAAUUCUCCUCAAAGAUCCUGAAUUACAUGAAGCGUUGCUAACUUUAUUCGCAAAAUAUUCGAAGAAUUCCAACAAACUCGCUAUGGCUGCUUCGAGUCAAGGAAAUGAGAAUGUGAACGCGAUGAUGUCCCAUAAAGCUCCUAAAAAUCGAUAUUACAGCAGAACUGAGUCAGCUGAUUUCCGAUUUGCAAGCACCAUCUGUCAUAAAAAUGAUGGGGACAUGCAUUUGGUCACUGUCACCAAUAAGUUACAUCUUUCACCUAGUAAACAUAUGGAAAAAUUUUGUGAAAGGAAAGACAAGUUUAGGUAUCAAAGGGCUGAAAGAGAACUUCGAACUACCGAACGCAUCUUCUCCGGUUCAAACGAUUUUGUUAUUAUAUAUUUUGAUAUCGAAACAUCAGGAUUAGAUAAGACAUGUGAAAUUCUCCAGAUAGCAGCUAAAUCGAAUGAUACUUCAUUCAAUAUUUAUGUAACAGCCACGAAGAAAAUCAAUCGUAAUGCAUCAGAAGUUACAGGUUUAACUGAGAAACGAGGCAAGUUAUGCUAUAAUAACAAUCCAGUAAUAUCUAGUCCACUGAGUGAUGCUCUCGUCGCAUUCAAUGAUUUUUUGAAAUUGUUUCGAAAGCUGUGUAUUUUGGUUGCUCAUAAUGCUCCAUUCGACACCAGGAAUUUGAUUCGAGCCAUCAUUAGAAACUCAAUGAUUUCUAAUUUCAGAAAUAUUUUUGGUUUCACUGACUCUCUAGCAAUAUUAAGAAAAAAGUUCCCAGAAAGGAAGGGUCCUGGCAUGAUGAACUUGGGGAAAUUAGCCGAAGAUGUACUGGAAAUCACUGGGAAUUUUCAUGAAGCGUUAUUCGAUGUUGAAAUUCUGCAAAAAUUGUCUGAAAAAUUCAUAUCUAAUGAACAAUUAUUGCUGUCAAAAAAGUCGUACUUGGACUGUGUCAUUACAGAAGUUAGGAACGAAAAUGCAUUGACAUUAUUACCUGUACUAAUGACUUUGAAGAGCAAUGUUUCUGAGGGCAUGUUAAAAAAAUUGCAAAUACGGGAAUUUCAUUUUAUAUGUUAUCGGAAGCGAUCAUGA